AUGACGGGCAUUGUUACAGUGGUUUUAGCAGUAACGCUGGUUUCACAAGUUUACACCGCGCCACAGUUGAUUAGCUAUAAAGAUGGAAAAUUGGGAGUCAACUUUGGAGGCUACCACGCUGCAGUUGGAUUAGGAGGAUUAUUGGGAACCGGUGCCAGUGGUGGUCUUUUUGCGGAAGCUGGCACACCUUUUGGACAGGCUGCAAGAGCUGGUUUAGGCGGCACUGUAGAUUCUAAUGGCGGAGCAAAAGGUGGUCUUUAUGCUGGGGCAACAGCUGGCCGUAAUAUCCAAGCAGCAGCAGGCCUGGCAGGUGGUGUAAAUGGAGAGACAUCGGCUGGAAGUGGCUAUGCGUCUGCUCAAGCCGGGAAUCAAUUUGCUACAUCUAAUCUGGCAGGAAAAACUUCUUCAUCUGAAUUUGCAGUCAUAAAAGAAAGUAUAAAGGAUGCGGAACUACACGCGGAAAUUGAUAAACAAAUUUUGCAGAAUGAAUUAAAAACAGAGGUCACAAAUGAAGUGAAACCUUUAUCAGAAAAUAGAUUUCAUUUUGAAACUAACAAAGAAAUACAAACCCCACUGAAAAUUGAAAAAGAAGCCAGUUACAAACCCUAUAAUCAUCAUGUACAUAAAUCUGCUUAUGUUGGAAGUUUUGUUGACUCUACAUCUGGCAUUGGACUGAACUCACCACAACUAAUUCAAAAGCGAAUUGACAUAGGGUCUGAGAACCAUGGGCAAGGUGAAAUUAACUCAGCUGGUCAAGUGUCUUAUAAAAAGGAGGUGAAUAUUGGAAGGAACCCACAAUUCUUUGAUGAUAUUUUUAAUAUACCUAUUGCAGCGCUAACAGCUGUGAGAACAUUUCUAACAAAUACUGCUGCAAAUACAAAUAUAUCCAUUCAGAAGUCUGGUUCAGUGCAAUCAGAAACAGAUUCUAUUUCACCGAAACACUUAUCUUCAUCAUCAUUAACAUCUUCUGAUGCGCACAUCUCGGUAAAGACCCCGAGCGCAUCUCAAGUACUCGAUGACAUAAUAGCAAUACCAAUUAAUACACUCGGUGCAGUCAAUAGUUUUUUAAACAACAACGUUCCUAUAAGGAAAAGGAUAACACAAGAAGGAGAAGUAGAAUCGAGUCACAAGAGACUUGGUCCUCUUGCAAGAAGAAGAGCUUUCAAAAAGAUAAUAACAGAAGAGAGCAGUGACAACGUGAAAUCUAAAAAUGAAGAGCCAAAUUGA